CGCAGACGGUUUUCUAUCUUUGCUCUGAAAACUCUAAAUUUGUAGAUAAUUCAUCCUUCUCUCUCUAAAACUCUGAUCUCUCUCUCUCUCUCUCUCUCUCUCUCUUAUUGAUUCCCUAUCUCUCUCUAAUACUCUUUUCUCUCUCAUUAACUCUCUCUCUAUUAAUAGUACGGAGGGGCGGUUUUUCUGCAGGCGUAGAUCUUCCUCAGGAUAUCGAUUUUCACUCAAACCCUUCUCUUUCUCUCUCUAACUCACCCCUCUCUCUCUCUCUCUCUAAAAGCUUCUCCCUUUCCCUGUCUCUAACUGUAAUAGCAGCACACAGACGUUCUUGUGCUUUAAAUUAAUCCCCUUCUCUCCGUUUCAGACACGGUAAUUCUCCCAUUUCUCUCUCUAAGAUUCCUCCUCUCUUCUCUGUAGGCACAAAUCCAUCUCGCAAAAUCUCUGUUUUCUUCUCGGGGGUUCUACUUUCUCUCUCUCUAACCCCUUUAUCUUUCUCUCUCUAACACUUCCUCAUCAUGGAGGAGGCCUCUGCCGCUGCCCUCGAAUCCAUCACCAUGGAGGACGCCUCUCAUUCUAACCAUGGUUGGCAGAAAGUCGUGUAUCCAAAACGCCAUAGAAAACAAGCCCUGAAAGACCAACAAAACCAGCACCCCGUUUCUGAUCUCAAUAAAAUCAAGAGCAAUGGCAAUGAAAGCAACGUUUUUCGAUCAGUGGAACAACAAGCAGAGGAAAGGCGUCGGAGGGUUGUGGAGGCUCAGAGGGCAAAUGCCAUUGCUGAAUUGCCUGUGAAGAAAGAUAGACUUUCUUUCUCAUCAGAUGAUGAGAGUGAUGAAGAGGGGGUGAAAAAUAAUGGGGUUUCGAAUGGAGAGGAGAAGAAGGAGAAGGUGAAGAAACCCAAGAAGCCGAAGGUCACGGUUUCGGAGGCUGCUUCAAAGAUUGAUGCAGGGGAUCUCUCUGUGUUUCUUGCUGAUGUCUCGGCUUCGUACGAGACACAACCGGAUAUUCAACUCAUGAGAUUUGCUGAUUAUUUUGGGCGUGCAUUUGCUCCUGUUAGCGCCUCUCAAUUCCCAUGGACCAAGCUGUUCAAGGAGUCUUCUGUUUCCAAGAUUAUUGAUAUACCCCUGUGUCAUAUCCCUGACGAUGUUUACAAAACAUCAGUUGACUGGAUUGGUAAGCGAAAUGCUGAUGCACUUGGUGAAUUUGCCUUGUGGGCAUUGGAUAAUAUUCUCACUGACGUUGGGGCCCAACAAGGAGGCCUUAAGAACGCAAAAAAAUUGACUCAACAACCAUCAUAUAGGGCACAGGUGGCAAUGUUUGUGGUUCUAUCUAUGGUUUUGAGGAAAAAGCCUGAUAUUCUUGUUAACCUGUUAUCAACUUUGAAGACUAAUGCAAAGUAUCAGGGUCAAGAUAAACUUUUGCUGACCAUAUGGAUAGUUGGGCAGGCUUGCCAGGGUGACUUGGUAGUUGGAAUGCUCCUUUGGGUACAACUUCUCUUGCCCAUGACUUUGGGCAAAUCAAGUAACCCUCUUUCCAGGGACUUGGUCUUACAGCUGCUUGAGAGAAUUUUUGCAUACCCAAAGGCCCGGCCUAUCUUAGUGAAUGGAGCUGUGAGAAAGGGUGAGCGCUUGGUUCCUCCUCCUGUGCUCGAGUCUUUAUGGCUGGUUACAUUCCCUGCACCUUCAGCACGCAUCAAGGCAACUGAAAGAUUCGAGGCAGUAUAUCCAUCACUGAAGGAGGUGGCUCUAGCAGGAUCCUGGGGAAAUAAAUGGGUUACAAGAACUGCAGAACAACUUUUGCCUAAUGCACUUGCAGCAAUAGAUGACAGUAACCAAGCACUAUCUGAUGAAGCAAUUGACAUUUUCUUGUGGUGCCUGAGAAACAGUUACCGAUGUUACAAGCAAUGGGAGGACCUUUACUUGGAUCACAUAUAUGGAAGCAUAACCAUUUUACAUAAGCUUUCAGAGAAAUGGGGGGAUACCUCUUUCAAGCUUUGGGAAGGGGAGAGUGAAAAGAAAGUUGCACUCGAAAGGCUAGGGCUGGCCCUCACAGCCAUGAGGGUGAAGAACCAACUCGCCUUGAAAGGUGAGGCAGAAUAUGACGGUGAUGACGCUCCAAUCCGAAGUGCUGAAAAGUAUUGCAGUGUUCUAAUGAGAAGGCUUCCUCGUAGUCGUGGUGGUUGUGUCAAGGGAUGCCUCAAGGGCGGGGUGUUCUUUCUCACACUUGGUGUUGCAGUUUAUGCAGCUAUAGCAUCGCCAUAUUUGGAAUCUUUGGAUUGGAAGAAGGUGUCAGUCAUGUUCGGAUCGCCACAGUCCUUCUGAAGUUAAUGGCUUGGCCAUCAGUUUUGUUGAUGCCAUUGUCAUAGAGAGAGAGAGAGAGAGAGACUUUUGAACUAACAGGGGACGAGCUGUUGAUAGUUUCUUUCUUUUAGGUGGGUUUGUGGUUUUUUCCUCUUUCCUGCUUUUAUUGUGUAGUUAGUGUUUGUGUUUCUGGGUUGUGAAAUGCAUGGAUAGUUCAGGGUUGGGCCCUGGUUGUUGCUGGCUUAUUAAUUCAAUGAUGGAUUAUAUGAAUUUUGUAUUUCAUUUGAGGUU